CCCUGCGCCGUCUCCACUCUUUGUACGCAUUUCCCAGGUUUUUGUGAUGUUGUGAUACAUGUAAUUUUUGGCAGUUUGAGGCAUACGCACAAGCGCGCGAAAGGAAGGCUCUCAAGCAUACGAGCUGUUCUUAAUGUCAGCAAAGCCUUGACGGUGUCUGUACGGACGGAUUCUAUCGGCCUUGAGGAAUAUUCCAUUCUGUGCUAUAUUCACCCCUCCCCCUUCAGCAGCUUGCCGGACGAGUUCCAGCCUGUAAAGAUAAGAAGACGGGACAACAGGUAGCUUGACUCACUCGCGUCGUUGAAUCGAAUCCGAUCAACGAUAUCGCGUCCUUUCUGGAGAAGAAACUACUAUAUGAACGCCAUGCUGCCAUCUGUUCUGCGUGUGAUUGCGCGUUCGGCGGACUUGAAGUCUUUACGUCUUCUGUCGACAUCAAAAGCCGCAUCGUCGAAAUUCGACUACAGAGAUCCCUUCCUCUUGGACGAGCAGCUGAGCGAUGAAGAGAAAAUGGUUCGAGACAGUUUCCGGAGCUACUGCCAAGAGAAGCUUUUCCCCCGCGUCCUCAUGGCGAACAGACUCGAACGAUUCGAUCGCGAGAUCAUGAACGAGUUCGGGGAGCUCGGAGUCCUCGGAUCCACCAUUCAGGGUUAUGGUUGUGCUGGUACGAAUUAUGUGACUUAUGGCUUGAUAGCCCGCGAGGUCGAACGAGUCGACAGCGGUUAUCGAUCCGCUAUGAGUGUACAGUCGUCGCUCGUCAUGUUGCCGAUCUCCACAUUCGGGUCAGAAGAACAAAAGCAGAAGUAUCUCCCCAAGCUGGCAAAAGGCGAACUGGUCGGCUGUUUCGGCCUCACAGAGCCCGAUUUCGGCUCGAAUCCGGCAGGAAUGGAAACGAAGGCCACUUAUAACCCCUCUGGAAAAACAUACACGCUUCGGGGAUCGAAAACGUGGAUCACCAAUUCGCCGAUUGCUGACGUCUUCGUCGUCUGGGCGAAGGACGACGCAGGCGACGUCAGAGGAUUCAUUCUGGAGAAGGGCAUGAAAGGACUCAGUGCCCCGAAAAUAGAAGGGAAAUUCUCCCUACGAGCCAGCAUGACUGGAAUGAUCAUGAUGGACGACGUCGAAGUUCCCGAAUCCGCCAUGCUACCCAAUGUGAAGGGUUUGAAGGGACCAUUCACGUGCCUGAACAAUGCCAGAUACGGGAUCGCGUGGGGAGCAUUGGGUGCCGCUGAGUUUUGCUUCGAGCAAGCGAGGCAAUACACUAUAGAACGAAUCCAAUUCAAAGAUCCCCUCGCCAAGAAUCAGCUGAUACAGAAGAAAUUCGCUGACAUGCUCACGGAAAUACACAUUGGUUACCAGGCUUGUCUACGAGCCGGGCGACUCAUGGACGAGAAGAAGUUGCAACCGGACCUGAUCUCCAUAAUCAAGAGAAAUUCGUGCGGGAAAGCCUUGGAUAUCGCGCGGACAUCCCGCGACAUCCUUGGUGGCAACGGUAUCUGCGACGAAUAUCACAUCAUCCGUCACGUCAUGAACUUGGAGGCGGUCAACACCUAUGAAGGAACUCACGAUGUCCAUGCUCUCAUACUGGGACGCGCAAUCACCGGACUUCAGGCUUUUACAUCCGACUAAGGAGGCUUGGAUAAUUCAAAAGCUGCUCCGGUUCAUUACUCAGAUGACUAUGCAAUCGAUUCCGUCUCGCCUGAACUUGACGCAGCUCAUUUCUUGUUAUAAAAUUUAAAAUAUAUAAUUUUUAUGUGA